GUUGUCUACGAGCUGGAGGGUGUGUGCGUUCCCGCAGCAACAGGGAAGAUGGCAGCUCUCACAUCUCUCACCCAGGUAAUGUUACAGGAAUGUAUUCAAUAUUAUGCAGUGGACAUUCAGUCAAGCUGUUGUGCAUGCUGAUGACCUGCAGUUUUUAGUGGUGUGCUCUUGAUCCAAUUUGUAUAAGAAAGAAGACAAAUACCGAGGGUAUUUAGCUUGCUAGCUGGAUGGGACAAGGCCUUAUCAGUAAGCUUGCAGAGUACCGUUAGAAAGCUAGCUAGCUAGCCUGGCUAGUGGGCUAGCUACCGUUAGAUUGCUUGCAAAAUGAACAAUCUAGCUAACGUUAAUGGUCGUUUGAGGAAAGAUAUGUGGAGAUAUAUUUCAUAAAUAUUUAGAUUUACAUAUAAGACAGAAGCGCAAGAGGUAUGCAACCAAAAAAUACCAACCUAUUUCAACGUUAUUUAGAUAUAGCGAGCUAGCUAGCCAGCUAGCUAUAGCUAUAUAUAGUUAGCUAGCUAAGCUUAGCUAGCUUGCCAUCUAAACAAUACUAGCUAGCAAGCUAAACGAUCUGACUAUUAUAACAGUAUCAUUGUAAUAACACUGUAGCUAACACGAACAGUUACUGUAAUAACAGUGUAUUAAUUUAUAUAUAUAAUAUAUAUAUAUAUAUUAAUACACUGUGCUACACUGGGAUAGCUAUGAAGUGAGUAGUGAUACCGUAAUGCCGGCAGCUAGCUAGAUGUGAUGAAUGAUGACUGACCAGCUUGUGUGCUUAUUUCGAUGCUGGCUACUUUGCAUUGGCUGUUUUGCUGUUUAAGUAAGAUGCCUCAAUGUAUUGUCCUAAACUUGUAGUUAGCUUUGUGUUGUUUCAGCCAAAUUUGGCAAUCUCAUCUUCUCAAUCUCAGAGCUUGCACCAGGAGUCAUUGCAGAGAGGACCAGUUUUGGGUCAAUCACAUUGGCUAGGCUACAUGAUGAUUCUAGUUAUUUCAUUAAAACAUGACAAAGAUAGGAUUUUAGUGUUAUUUGAGAACAUGCAUUUAUAACCCAUUUUUCCAUCUUACAAUUCACACAAUGCUUUAAGUUUAAAGAGUUCAAAAAGGUACUCAACAACUUGGCUAUGGCCUAUUAGAGGACGUUCAUAUUUGAUGUCAUUGGAUAGGAAAUUCCUCUCUGGCUAUUGGUUGUGAUAGACCCUUAAGUGGCUUUUUAAAGGAUGGGUCCAGAUGUCAGUAGUAGUUUGGUGGGGUGUGUCACGCUAUUUGACGUAAGACAAUGGUUUCCAGCAGCUAUUUGAAAUGCUAUGAGUAAUCUGAAAAACCUUUCCCCAAUCAGCUGUCAAGUGGGAACCCUGUGUACGAGAACUUUUAUAGACAGGUAAAACACAUUUUAUAGUUUGGUUAUUACAUAGUCCUAUUAUCUACAUAGAUUGGGGUGAAUUCAACUUCUUUAAUUGUUCAAUGGAUGCGUUAAGACAACACUAAACACAUUCAACAGUAUAGAGUGGAGGUGUGGAUAGAAACAUGUAAUAAUUUGGUUUGCUGUGUGCUUGUUGCAAGGUGGACCCAGGAAACACGGGGAGAGUAGGGCCCACGGAAGCUGCGUUGUUCCUAAAGAAAUCUGGCCUUCCUGAUGUCACCUUGGGAAAGGUGGGUAGCAUUGGUACUGUGUAGCACUGCCGGCCACUGAAAGCCUUGGGCAGAGUGGCAAACCCAAGGGAACAGUCUCUGACACUGUAGACGGAUAAACUGUUCUGAAAGCAACCAGCAGGAAGUUAUGUUUAUUAGAGUGUCUCUGUCAUCGAGGAGUAAUACGAGCACCUACAUACACGUGGGCUUCAGUACCCCCAGAGGAAUAUAACUGGAAAAGAUGACCACAUCUUAUGUCAUUGCCUGGUCUGAUUGGAUCUAUGUUUUUCCUUUCAAUUUAUCAGAACCUUUAGGUUGUGUACUUGUUUCAGCUAUAUUUGUGUACCGUUUGUACCCAUCUUUUGUAUUACUUGUUACCUUGGUCUGUUUAUGUCAUACUCUGCUUUGAAUCUUAGCCUAUUCUAUCUCACCAUCACAUUCAGCUGGGUAUCUGGGACUUUUAUGCAGAUUGAUUGUUAUUUACUUUACUUUGUACACAUUCCAUAAAGAUUGUUGCACAUUGAUGCUUUAAUUGAUGUUUCCUUAGUUAAUCAUCUUGUUUGUGUUUGUCUCCCCUCAGAUCUGGGAUUUGGCAGACCCAGAUGGGAAAGGGUUCUUGGACAAACAGGUAGAGAACUAAUCAUUUCUUCGCUUUGUGCAAUGCCUUUGAUUCUGUGGCCCUUGAGGGCAAUUGAGCUGGAAUUUGUAUGGUACCCAUAAACAAUGCUGUUGUCCUGUCUUGUCUAAUAGGGGUUCUAUGUAGCUCUGCGGUUGGUGGCCUGUGCACAGAGUGGACAAGACGUCAGCCUCACCAGUCUGAACCUCACUAUCCCUCCCCCAAAAUUUGUGAGUACAAUCCUAACUAGUACAAUCCUAACUAGUACAGUCGUGGUCAAAAGUUUUGAGAAUGACACAAGUAUUGGUCUUCACAAAGUUUGCUGCUUCAGUGUUAUGAGAUAUUUUUGUCAGAUGUUACUAUGGUAUACUGAAUUAUAAUUACAAGCAUUCCAUGAAUGUCAAAAGCUUUUAUUGACAAUUACAUUAACGUUUAUGCAAAGAGUCAAUAUUUGCAGUGUUGACCCUUCUUUUCAAGACCUCUGCAAUCCGCCCUGGCAUGCUGUCAAUUAACUUCUGGGCCACAUCCUGACUGAUGGCAGCCCAUUCUUGCAUAAUCAAUGCUUGGAGUUUGUCCGAAUUUGUGGGUUUUUGUUUGUCCACCCGCCUCUUGAGGAUCGACCACAAGUUCUCAAUGGGAUUAAGGUCUGGGGAGUUUCCUGGCCAUGGACCCAAAAUGUCGAUGUUUUGUUCCCCGAGCCACUUAGUUAUCACUUUUGCCUUAUGGCAAGGUGCUCCAUCAUGCUGGAAAAGGCAUUGGUCGUCACCAAACUGUUCUUGGAUGGUUGGGAGAAGUUGCUCUCGGAGGAUGUGUUGGUACCAUUCUUUAUUCUUUAAAAUUGUGAGUGAGCCCACUCCCUUGGCUGAGAAGCAACCCCACACAUGAAUGGUCUCAGGAUGCUUUACUGUUGGCAUGACACAGGACUGAUGGUAGCGCUCACCUUGUGUUUUCCGGAUGCCCCAAACAAUCGGAAAGGGGAUUCAUCAGAGAAAAUGACUUUACCCCAGUCCUCAGCAGUCCAAUCCCUGUACCUUUUGCAGAAUAUCAGUCUGUCCCUGAUGUUUUUCCUGGAGAGAAGUAGCUUCUUUGCUGCCCUUCUUUACACCAGGCCAUCCUCCAAAAGUAUUCGCCUCACUGUGCGUGCAGAUGCACUCACACCUGCCUGCUGCCAUUCCUGAGCAAGCUCUGCACUGGUGGUGCCCCGAUCCCGCAGCUGAAUCAACUUUAGGAGACGGUCCUGGCGCUUGCUGGACUUUCUUGGGCGCCCUGACGCCUUCUUCACAACAAUUGAACCUCUCUCCUUGAAGUUCUUGAUGAUCCGAUAAAUGGUUGAUUUAGGUGCAAUCUUACUAGCAGCAAUAUCCUUGCCUGUGAAGCCCUUUUUGUGCAAAGCAAUGAUGACGGCACGUGUUUCCUUGCAGGUAACCAUGGUUAACAGAGGAAGAACAAUGAUUUUAAGCACCCUCCUUUUAAAGCUUCCGGUCUGUUAUUCUAACUCAAUCAGCAUGACAGAGUGAUCUCCAGCCUUGUCCUCGUCAACACUUUCACCUGUGUUAACGAGAUAAUCACUGACAUGACGGCAGCUGGUCCUUUUGUGGCAGGGCUGAAAUGCAGUGGAAAUGUUUUUUGGGGAUUAAGUUAAUUUUCAUGGCAAAGAGGGACUUUGCAAUUAAUUGCAAUUCAUCUGAUCACUCUUCAUGACAUUCUGGAGUAUUUGCAAAUUGCCAUCAUCAAAACUGAGGCAGCAGACUUUGUGAAAAUUAGUAUUUGUGACAUUCUCAAAACUUUUGACCACGACUGUACAAUCCUAACUAGUACCUUCCUAACUAGUACAAUCCUAACUAGUACAAUCAUAACUAGUACCUUCCUAACUACACACAGGUUUCAUGAUAGUUUUAUGAUGCGUUUAUUUUCUCAAACUCUAUAUGUUUAUAUGUUUGGUUGGGAGAUUGUAAAGUAGGCGUGAAAGUUGAAGGUUGUUUUUUGGUUGUUUUGUUAUAGAAGGACACUAGCAGCCCAUCGCUCAGCACAUCAUCAGUCUCUAGUGAACCCCACUGGGCUGUGAGGGUGAGUCAUGUUGAAACACCCCAGGACCAUAUGUUUGGUUGAUAAGAGGAUACUGAAAUGUUUUUGUUUGUAUAUUACAAACAUUUUAUUUUAUCAUCCAAAACACUGAACAUAAUUCAGAGAAUCAUCAACCAAUGAGUUUACCUUUGCUUAUCAAUCGCUCAUUGUUCUUUUUUUUCAUUUUCUAUUCCAGCCCGAAGAAAAGGGUAAAUUCGAUGGGAUAUUUGAAAGUCUUGCACCUGUCAGUGGACUGCUCUCUGGUGACAAAGUAAAACCAGUUCUAAUCAACUCAAAACUACCUCUGGACGUGUUAGGUAAAGUUUGGGAUCUUAGUGACAUUGAUAAAGAUGGACAUCUGGAUCGAGAUGAGUUUGCAGUGGUAAGGUGUACUCCAGUAAAUUGUGGAAUGACUAGAUCUGAGUAAACAAAUAUUUCACAGCUCACCUUCACAUGUGUAUAAGAUUAUAACUGACACAAUAACUGUCUAAUAAUAUUGGUAAUAAGGCCUACUUGUUAUAGCAUUUGUAAUGACUAGUAAUAACUUCAGUCCUCUUCGUUCUUUCCCCUCUGUUCUCCAGGCCAUGCACCUGGUCUAUCGGGCCCUGGAGAAGGAGCCGGUCCCCUCUGUUCUCCCCUCCUCUCUCAUCCCUCCUAACAAGAGGAAGAAGUCUCUGGUAGGCUCCCACUCUGGCACAGUGCCUGUGCUGCCUGCCAGCCCCCCGCCCCCCAAGGACAGCCUGCGCUCCACCCCUUCCCACGGCAGCAUGAACUCCCUCAACAGUGCUGGCAGCCUCUCCCCCAAACACACACUCAAAUCUGCACAGGUAAAAUUUUUACAUUUACAUUUUUUUUAUUUACAUUUUAGUCAUUUAGCAGACACUCUUAUCCAGAGCCACUUACAGGAGCAAUUAGGGUUACAGUGGGGGAAAAAAGUAUUUAGUCAGCCACCAAUUGUGCAAGUUCUCCCACUUAAAAAGAUGAGAGAGGCCUGUAAUUUUCAUCAUAGGUACACGUCAACUAUGACAGACAAAUUGAGGAGAAAAAAUCCAGAAAAUCACAUUGUAGGAUUUUUAAUGAAUUUAUUUGCAAAUUAUGGUGGAAAAUAAGUAUUUGGUCACCUACAAACAAGCAAGAUUUCUGGCUCUCACAGACCUGUAACUUCUUCUUUAAGAGGCUCCUCUGUCCUCCACUCGUUACCUGUAUUAAUGGCACCUGUUUGAACUUGUUAUCAGUAUAAAAGACACCUGUCCACAACCUCAAACAGUCACACUCCAAACUCCACUAUGGCCAAGACCAAAGAGCUGUCAAAGGACACCAGAAACAAAAUUGUAGACCUGCACCAGGCUGGGAAGACUGAAUCUGCAAUAGGUAAGCAGCUUGGUUUGAAGAAAUCAACUGUGGGAGCAAUUAUUAGGAAAUGGAAGACAUACAAGACCACUGAUAAUCUCCCUUGAUCUGGGGCUCCACGCAAGAUCUCACUCCGUGGGGUCAAAAUGAUCACAAGAACGGUGAGCAAAAAUCCCAGAACCACAUGGGGGGACCUAGUGAAUGACCUGCAGAGAGCUGGGACCAAAGUAACAAAGCCUACCAUCAGUAACACACUACGCCGCCAGGGACUCAAAUCCUGCAGUGCCAGACGUGUCCCCCUGCUUAAGCCAGUACAUGUCCAGGCCCGUCUGAAGAGUGCAUUUGGAUGAUCCAGAAGAGGAUUGGGAGAAUGUCAUAUGGUCAGAUGAAACCAAAAUAUAACUUUUUGGUAAAAACUCAACUCGUCGUGUUUGGAGGACAAAGAAUGCUGAGUUGCAUCCAAAUAACACCAUACCUACUGUGAAGCAUGGGGGUGGAAACAUCAUGCUUUGGGGCUGUUUUUCUGCAAAGGGACCAGGACGACUGAUCCGUGUAAAGGAAAGAAUGAAUGGGGCCAUGUAUCGUGAGAUUUUGAGUGAAAACCUCCUUCCAUCAGCAAGGGCAUUGAAGAUGAAACGUGGCUGGGUCUUUCAGCAUGACAAUGAUCCCAAACACACCGCCCGGGCAACGAAGGAGUGGCUUCGUAAGAAGCAUUUCAAGGUCCUGCAGUGGCCUAGCCAGUCUCCAGAUCUCAACCCCAUAGAAAAUCUUUGGAGGGAGUUGAAAGUCUGUGUUGCCCAGCGACAGCCCCAAAACAUCACUGCUCUAGAGGAGAUCUGCAUGGAGGAAUGGGCCAAAAUACCAGCAACAGUGUGUGAAAACCUUUUGAAGACUUACAGAAAACGUUUGACCUGUGUCAUUGCCAACAAAGGGUAUAUAACAAAGUAUUGAGAAACAUUGUUAUUGACCAAAUACUUAUUUUCCACCAUAAUAUGCAAAUAAAUUCAUAAAAAAUCCUACAAUGUGAUUUUCUGGAUUUUUUUUUCUCAUUUUGUCUGUCAUAGUUGACGUGUAGCUAUGAUGAAAAUUACAGGCCUCUCUCAUCUUUUUAAGUGGAGAACUUGCACAAUUGGUGGCUGACUAAAUACUUUUUUCCCCCACUGUAAGUGCCUUGCUUAAGGGCACAUCGACAGAUUUUUCACCUAGUCGGCUCGAGGAUUAGAACCAGCGUCCUUUUCGUUUACUGGCACAACGCUCUUACCCACUAAGCUACCUGUAAACACACACACACGCACACAAAAACGUUUAACGUGAGAUUUGUGUGUAAUCUCAUCUCUGCCAGCACUCAGUGAACUGGGUAGUCCCGGUGACAGACAGAGGGCGCUUUGAUGAAAUCUUCCUGAAGACAGACUUGGAUCUGGAUGGCUUUGUCAGCGGUAUGGAAGUCAAGGACAUCUUCAUGCACUCAGGGCUGCCGCAGAACCUACUGGCACAUAUAUGGUAGGAGAGACUGACUGAUGACUGGCUGGCUGAUGCCACCUGAUUACCGGACUGAAGUUGACUGUAUUACUCAUGUUGUUAUUAUUGUGUGUCCAGGGCCCUGGCAGACACCAGGCAGAUGGGGAAGCUGACGCGGGAGCAGUUUGCUCUGGCCAUGCACUUCAUCCAGCAGAAAGUCAGCAAAGGCAUGGACCCUCCUCAGGCCCUGACCCCUGACAUGAUCCCCCCUUCAGAGAGGGGCACUCCCGUUCCAGUGUGUACCACUCCCUCCCAUGUACGCAUUAAUGCACCACACAUACACACGCUUUCUAUAGGUCGUUUUCAAUAAAGCGUCACAAUACAUUUUAUUUGGCUGUUGGGGGUCAAGGGAUUGUUAAAUAAAUGGUAUAACUAUUUGGUUUUAAUAUCAUCACCUAUUGAGCAUAGUCAGAACUACACAUUUCAGAUUAUUCCAUGCAAAAUAAUUGCUAUCAUCAGAGUCAUACAGCAAGUAACUGCAUGCUUUUCAUGAUCAGUAAACAUCAAUGAUAAUGUAAUUUAUCAAUUUGGCAUGUGGCUAGCUAAGCAAACAACAACAUAUAGCUUGCUUCAUCCGAGAUUAGGCUUUUGAAAAGAGCUUGACAUUGGCAAGUCCUCGUCCUGGUAAAGUUGUCAGUUGGACUUCUGUCAUCACCACUACAGAUGGCAAGCAAAUCAAACAAUAUUUGGAUAUAGCCAUCUAUUUUAUCCCCUGAAAGUUAGCUCGUUAACUAGCCAUAUUGACGUGAUCUGUUAUUAGCUAGCUAUCCAAUUUGACGUGGUCCAUCAAUCUAUGUAGCCUAUAUCAUGUCUGUCAGCAGCAAUUGUAAUUAAACACUCUUAAAAACAAUGUUGAAAAGGUGAUAAUGUUAGCUAACUUCGCUAGGUAGGCCUACAUCGGCUGGAGAAAAAAGUACAUUAGGUCUACUUACCACUAUAUGUUUAGCCAACUGUACAAAGUUUCUAGCGGUAGCUUGCAAAGUAAACAUUAUCAGCUAACAGUACCAUGGCAAAUGCGCCCUUCCGCUACUUGACAGGCAGAGCCCACAAAAGAUGGGACAUUAACCUAAACCACUCAUACUUGUAAGGUAUAGUUCACUUUAAUUAUAUCACUCAAAUAUCAAAUUAAUGGUGAGGCUACCCUAUGUAUCUGAAAUUACAUGAUCAUUGAUGUUUACUGAUCAUGAAAAGCAUGCAGUUACUUGCUGUAUAACUCUGAUGAUAGAGCUAAAUGUGCGCAAUUGUUUUGCAUGGAGUAAUCGGAAAUGUGUAGGUCUGACUAUGCUCUUCAAGAGGUGAUGAUAUUACAACCAAAUAGUUAACAUUUAUUUAACAAUCCAUUGAAAAUGGCACACAGUUGUCAAUGGUUUUAGCGGUGCUGUGGGUCUCCUUGCCCCCCAGCAGGCAAAUCGAACACUCUACACAUUUUAAAAUUUUUUUUUACACCAGUGGUCACCAACCUUUUCUGAGUCAAGAUCACUUUCUGAGUCAAAAUGCAAGCCGAGAUCUACCGCUCAGAUUUGUUUUUAAACAUGACUUUAAAAAAGUAAGCAUAUGCAACAUUAACCAAUUAAAAACAGUUUUGUAGCAGUUAAGUUUCUGCAGUAGGCUUUAGGCCCAAUACAUGAUCACUAUGCUUGAAUUGCCCUGACAUAUUGAAAAUAUGUUUCAACAUUUUAGGUAUAUGAUCACACCUGUAAUAGAUAAUUUGUUGUAUUACUUGUGAGGCACAGCUGAGUGAGCAUAAUAAUUAGCCUAUUUUUUUACUGGACUGAUGGCCUGCAUCUGAUGGUCAGUUUGAGGGGAUGGAGGGAGCAGCUGUGAGGCUGCCUCUCACCCGACUUACCGUCCCUCCUCUCUCCCUCCCUCCGCUGAGAAAAGGGGACACAGUCUUCCAGCUGAUGGCAAAACUUAAGUCGCACUGCAUUAUUUCUGCCUCAUGCACCAAUUAAUGUUGUUACUCCUAUGACCAGAGAAAGUGAAAUAUUCCUCGAUAUUAAAAAAGACACCAGCCUCAAAUAACAACUCAAGCUUUUCGAAACACUUUGCUAUAGUCAUUCAUUGCAGCUGCAGUGCUGGUUGUAGCGUGAGUGGAAGUAGGGAGAACGCACAUUUUAUGGCUUAUAAAAGUGUUGAACAAAGUGUUGACAGUGCUGAAUAACAACUUAAACAUUAACUCAUAAAAACAGCAGCUCUUUGCUGUAUUUGUUGAGUCUCUCUCUAGUCAUGGUUUUAAAAGUUUUGAAAUCUCACAUGAUCAACUUUGCUGUGCGUUCGAGGCUUCUUUUUAAAGUCUAUGGCGCGAGGAAACUGUGCAGACAUGGUGGUCUGAGCUAUCUGAUUGGCCAGCAGUAGGCCUAUACAGUGAGGGAAAAAAGUAUUUGAUCCCCUGCUGAUUUUGUACGUUUGCCCACUGACAAAGACAUGAUCAGUCUAUAAUUUUAAUGGUAGGUUUAUUUGAACAGUGAGAGACAGAAUAACAAAAAAAAACAACAGAAAAACGCUUGUCAAAAAUGUUAUAAAUUGAUUUGCAUUUUAAUGAGGGAAAUAAGUAUUUGACCCCCUCUCAAUCAGAAAGAUUUCUGGCUCCCAGUUUUCUUUUAUACAGGUAACGAGCUGAGAUUAGGAGCACACUCUUAAAGGGAGUGCUCCUAAUCUCAGCGUGUUACCUGUAUAAAAGACACCUGUCCACAGAAGCAAUCAAUCAAUCAGAUUCCAAACUCUCCACCAUGGCCAAGACCAAAGAGCUCUCCAAGGAUGUCAGGGACAAGAUUGUAGACCUACACAAGGCUGGAAUGGGCUACAAGACCAUCGCCAAGCAGCUUGGUGAGAAGGUGACAACAGUUGGUGUGGUUAUUCGCAAAUGGAAGAAACACAAAAUAACUGUCAAUCUCCCUCGGCCUGGGGCUCCAUGCAAGAUCUCACCUCGUGGAGUUGCAAUGAUCAUGAGAACGGUGAGGAAUCAGCCCAGAACUACACAGGAGGAUCUUGUCAAUGAUCUCAAGGCAGCUGGGACCAUAGUCACCAAGAAAACAAUUGGUAACACACUACGCCAUGAAGGACUGAAAUCCUGCAGCGCCCGCAAGGUCCCCCUGCUCAAGAAAGCACAUAUACAGGCCCGUCUGAAGUUUGCCAAUGAACAUCUGAAUGAUUCAGAGGAGAACUGGGUGAAAUUUGUGGUCAGAUGAGACCAAAAUCGAUCUCUUUGCCAUCAACUCAACUCGCCGUGUUUGGAGGAGGAGGAAUGCUGCCUAUGACCCCAAGAACACCAUCCCCACCGUCAAACAUGGAGGUGGAAACAUUAUGCUUUGGGGGUGUUUUUCUGCUAAGGGGACAGGACAACUUCACCGCAUCAAAGGGACGAUGGACGGGGCCAUGUACCGUCAAAUCUUGGGUGAGAACCUCCCAAUGCCAGGGCAUUGAAAAUGGGUCGUGGAUGGGUAUUCCAGCAUGACAAUGACCCAAAACACACGGCCAAGGCAACAAAGGAGUGGCUCAAGAAGAAGCACAUUAAGAUCCUGGAGUGGCCUCGCCAGUCUCCAGACCUUAAUCCCAUAGAAAAUCUGUGGAGGGAGCUGAAAGUUUGAGUUGCCAAACAUCAGCCUCGAAACCUUAAUGACUUGGUAAAGAUCUGCAAAGUGGAGUGGGACAAAAUCCCUCCUGAGAUGUGUGCAAACCUGGUGGCCAACUACAAGAAACGUCUGACCUGUGUGAUUGCCAACAAGGGUUUUGCCACCAAGUACUAAGUCAUGUUUUGCAGAGGGGUCAAAUACUUAUUUCCCUCAUUAAAAUGCAAAUUAAUUCAUAACAUUUUUGACAUGCGUUUUUCUGGAUUUUUUUGUUGUUUGUAAAAUUAUAGACUGAUCAUGUCUUUGUCAGUGGGCAAACGUACAAAAUCAGCAGGGGAUCAAAUACUUUUUUCCCUCACUGUAGGUGCACUUCAUUUGCUCACUAGGCCUGCCGGGUUGGCGGAGUUCUACCUUCAGACACAUUAAAUGGUUCAUAAUGGGAACACUUUGCCUUCCCGGCGCUAGGGCUGCUGAAUCAAGUGCACCUACCGCCAACAGCAUGAAACGAAUACAAAAAAUAGGAACAUAAGACUUUAUUGUUGGGUUUUUAACAGAAAUGUUUGGUGAUCGACUAGGAAUGGCUUGGAGAUCCACCAGUCGAUCACGACCGGUUGGUGACCACUGCUCUACACCUUAAUGGUACGUUUUAUUGAAAGCAACCUAUUUUGGUGCAGAGACAUGCUUAAAGUACUUGUAUUUACACUUUGAGAAAAAUGUUAUUAGGUUUACCCAUUAAAUUGUUGGGGGCAUAUAUAGAGUGUGCGACUUUCUUUCUUUCUUUCUUUCUUUCUUUUUUUCUUUAUGUUUAUACAAUUUUAGACAUAUGACACAGUUAAAAAUAUAUAUAAUCCUGUAUUCAUUUCUGGGAUUGACACUCAAUGUGUCUCUUGGCUAGGAAUCAUUCUUGUGUCCAGUAGUAAGUCUUCAUCCCUUGUCUCUAUCCACAGAGUAUGUCUGGGUAUGUGACCCCUGUGAGCUCUGAGAUGGCUGCUCUGUCUGAGAUGAGGCGGGUGAGUGAUGUCCUCCCAUAUUUUGCUUUUUGAAAAUUGUGUUAGCAUUUUCCAUGGCCCUGCUUCCAGGUGCUUGGUUUAAAAGAGUGGAGGGAGGGACUAUGACCCUCUGAUAAGAAAUAGGUAUUUUGCCGGGGAGUGUUAUGUAACUACAGUAUUGAGUUGUGGAGAGAGUAUCCUCUUGAUGGACAAUAACUAUUCAUUGAUUGAUUUGGUGUGAAAUAAUAUUUAUGUGGUUUGGAAUCGCAAUGGUUCGGAAUUGUGAUGAGCUUUGUGUGUUUGGAGGCUUAAAACCUAUCUGUGUUGACUGCUGCUAUCCUGCUCUAGUCUAGUGCUUAGACCCAACCAGGAGCUUACCAAACACUCUUUUCUUCUUUACCCUAACCUAAACGCUGCUGAAUGCCGCUUUCUGGGUUAUAUCUCUGUGUCAGCAAAUAAUGUUCAAGUUCUGGGUAGGUAACUGGCAAAACUCGACAAAUGCUUUCGAUGACUCACGAGACAGAAACCCAAAGAGAUGAAAAGCAUUUGUGAGAACUCAGUGACUGUGAACGGUGGUGUGACUUGACCUCCUGAGUUUUCUGACCAUGGCGAUGGUGACCGGCUCCCCUCAGACAUUGUUGCACUCGUCCCGUCGCCCGUCCCUCUGUGAUGCUUCCUUCCCUGUGAUCUCUCUCUCUCUAUCUACCCUCUGGUUUGGUGUGGAUGGUUUGGUGUCGUGGCAUUCUGGCUCUCUCUCAGGUCAACUAAGAACAGGGCUAACUUUCUCUCUCUUCUCUCUUUCUCUUCUUCUUUUUCUCUUUCUGUCCAUCCACAGGACAGCUCCAGUUCUGUGGGGUCAGGGUCAGAGUUCACUGGAAUCAAGGAGCUUGAUGACAUCAGUCAAGAGAUCGCUCAGCUGCAGAGGUAAUUCACAACACUGUGGAGAUAUCAAAGGGGUCAUUUUCUUUCAAAGUGAUCACAAAUUAGUUUUGAUGUAAUUUAUUUCUCAUCACACAGCAUUUGUGCCACUGACAAUGAUCCAGAAUUCUGUACCUUAAAAACACACUAUCACAUCCCAAGGUCUUUAGGGAUGUAGAUUUUCAGAUAUUGUUUUGUUGUUGUUAUUUUUUGCGUUGUUAUGUCAUAUCCAGCUUAUUUCACCCUGUAUGACUUCAUCAAUCAUCACUCAACAUAUCUCCGACUUGGUUAGUCAUUGCAUUUUCACAGCAAUAGUUUAACCUAAAUGCAAUAAAAAGAGCAAUUAUAGAUGUAGGAUCUUAAUUUUUAACUUGAAGUGUAUUUGAGGUUUGAAAAGGCUUCUGAAGUUUGUAAUUUCCACUUUGAAAUGGCCCUUACGAAAACGUAUCAACCCCUACAAAACCACCUACAAAAGUCCAUUCAUUAUCAUCUUUAAAAAACAUAUACUUAAAAACUGGAAAUCAACCAAUCCUCCGUCAUUAAUGCAAUGGAACGGUUAGAUGCUUUAUUAUCUAAGAAUGUAAAGUGUGUGGGCUACGGAGAGCAGUUUAAGGCCAUGUGGAGUAAAGUGAUGCGGGUGCUGAAGAUGGGGGUGUGUGCUAGUGGGUCUGGGCAGGUGUGAUGUAGUUGAUGUUUGUAUGAUGUUGUCGUUUGUAUGUGUAUGUUUUGUAUUGUUUAUAAAAUAUUUAAAAUAAUAAUAAUAAGUACAUUAAUUAUUAUAAUAAUUUCCUGUUGCUGCAGGAUUAUUUUCCUGCUGCAGCAAACUGACUCAGAUUAAGAUCCUACAUCUGUAUACUGUUUUGGGUUUGUAUAUAUCCUUACGUUCUCUACAUACUAGAACUCAGGUGAUAAAAUGCACACUUCAAAGGAGAAGACAGUUGACAGCUGGUGGUGGAUGAGUCCUUCCCUCAUCCCACCUCUCUCCCCCCUCAUCCCACCUCAUCCCACCUCUGUCUCCCACUUCAUCCCACCUCAUCCCACCUCUCUCCCACCUCAUCCCACCUCUGUCUCCCACUUCAUCCCACCUCAUCCCACCUCUCUCCCACCUCAUCCAACCUCAUCCCACUUCAUCCUACCUCAUCCUACUUCAUCCCACUUCAUCCCACCUCAUCCCACCUCUCUCCCACCUCAUCCCACCUCAUCCCUCCCACCCAUCCUCCCACCUCAUCCCCUUCAGCACCUCAUCCCACCCUCAUCCCACCUCAUCCCACUUUCUCCCACCGCUCAUCCUACUUCAUCCCACCUCAUCCCAUCCAUCCCACUCGUCAAUCCCACCUUAUCCCACCUCAUCCCACUUCAUCCCACUCAUCCCACUUCAUUCCACUCUCCACUCAUCCACCUCAUCCCAAUUCAUCCCACCUCAUCCCCACUUCAUCCACCUCAUCCCACUUCAUCCCACCUCAUCCCACUUCAUCCCACCUCAUCCGACUUCAUCCCCCCUCAUCCCUUCAAUCCCCACCUCAUUCCCACCUCAGACCACUUCAUCCAACUUCAUCCCACCUCAUCCCACCUCAUCCCACCUCUCCCCACCUCAUCCCACCUCACUCUCCCCCUCCCCCUCCCACCUCAUCCCCUCCCACCUCUCGCCCCCCCACCCUCAUCCCACCCCCACCCGCCUCUCUCCCCACCUCAUCCCACCCACCCAUCCCAAAUCAAUCCCACCCCCAUCCCAUUUCAUCCCACUCAUCCCACCUCAUCCCCCCUUUCUCCCCAACCUCAUCCCCUCAUCCCCACUUCAUCCCACCUCCCACCCACACCCCUAUCCCACCUCUCCCACCUCAUCCACCCUCACCCCACCCUCAUCCCCCCUCAUCCCAACAUCCCACCUCAUCCCACCUCACCCCCCUCCCCCACCCACCCCCACCCUUAUGCUCCCCUCAUCCACCGGUCUUCGCCCCCUCCCCCCAUCCCACCUGCAUCCCACUUCAGCUCCCCAACCGUCACCCUUCCCCUCCCACCGCCCCUCCCACCCUCAUCCCACCUUCCCAUCCCACCUUAUCCACUCAUCCCACUUCAUCCCCCCUCAUCCCACUUCAUCCCACCUCACCCCAUCACCCACCUCACCCACUUAAAAUCCCACUCAUCCCACUUAAAUCCCCCCUAUCCCACCCAUCCCACCCAAUCCCCACCUCAUCCCCUCAUCCCACCUCCUCCCAUCCAGUCCCAACCUCACCCCUCAUCCCACCCACCCCGCAUCCCACCUCAUCCCACCUAAAUCCCACCCUCCCCCUCCCACCUCAUCCCCCCUUAUCUCCCACCCUUUCCCUCCACCAUCCCCCCUUCAUCCCCUCACCCACCUCAUCCCACUUCCAUCCUACCUCAUCCCACCCAUCUCCCACUUCAUCUUUCCCACCUCAUCCCACCUCAUCCCACCUCAUCCCACUUCAUCCCACUUCAUCCUACCUGCAUCCCAAUUCAUCCCAUUCCCAUCCCACCUCAUCCCACCCAUCCCACUUUCAUUACCCCUUCUCCCACCUAAUCCCACCUCACCCCACUUCAUCCCACCUCUCGACUUCAUCCCACCUCUCCCACCUAAUCCCAACCUCAAUCCCACUUCAUCCCACCUCAUCCCACUUCAUCCCACCUCAUCCCUUCAUCCCACCUCAUCCCACUCAUCCCACCUCAUCCCACUUCAUCCCACCUCAUCCCACUUCAUCCCACCUCAUCCCACCUCAUCCCACUUCAUCCCACCUCAUCCCACUUCAUCCCACCUCAUCCCACCUCAUCCCACCUCAUCCCACCUCAUCCCUCUCCCAUUAUCCUACCUCUCCCAUUCAUCCCACCCUUCCAUCCCACCUCAUCCCAAAUACCUCACCCACUUCCAAUCCCCCCUCUUCCAUGCCCCCCUCAUCCCAUCACCCCACUUCCCACCCCAAUUCCCAAUCCCACCUCAUCCCACUUCAUCCCACCUCAUCCCCCUCAUCCCCCCUCAUCCCCCACCUCAUCCCACUUCAUCCAUACCACCUCAUCCCACCUUCAUCCCACUUCAUCCCACCCCCAUCCCACCUCACCCUCCCCACCUAUCCCACUUCAUCCCACCUCAUCCCACUUCAUCCCCUCAUCCCACCUCAUCCCACUCAUUCCCACCUCAUCCCACUUCAUCCCAUCUCAUCCCACUUCAAUCCCCCCUUCAUUCACCCCAAACCCCAUCCCAAUUCAUCCCACCCAUCUCCCACUUCAUCCCACCUCAUCCACUUCAUCCCACCUCACCCACUUCAUCCCCACUUCCCCAUCCCACCCCAUCCCAAUUCACCUCCCCACCUCAUCCCACUUCAUCACCCCACCUCUCCCACCUUCCAUCCCACCUCAUCCCACUUCAUCCCACCCCAUCCCACCUUCACCCACCUCAUCCCCCAAUUCAUCCACCUCAUCCCAAUCAUCCCACUUCAUCCCACCUCACCCACCUUCAUCCCACUCAUCCCAACCUCAUCCCAUUUCCCAUCCCACCUAAAUCCCACCUCAUCCCACUUCAUCCCACCUCAUCCCACCUCAUCCCACUUCACCCCCCUCUCCAGCCUUCCUUUACUGUGUGUAUUUUAUCAAUAUUUUGUUUUCACCACAUACUCUUCAUGCUGCGUCAGCAAUCUUGCUUUUACACACUGGAAUGCACUCAGGUAACCCUCUCUUGGCUGUCACAGUCUGUCCUUUUUCUUUUGUUGUCAUAUUUUGAUUGGAGGAGAAGGGAAGGAAGGAGGAGGGGGAGGAGAGGGAGGAGGAGGAGGGAAGGAAGGAGGAAGAGAAGGAAAGAGGAGAGGGAGGGAAGGAAGGAGGAGGGGGAGGAGAGGGAGACUGGCUGGUUCUACCCUGUGGUGCUGUGUAUUGAUGGUUGUGUGUGUUUGUCUCUCGCUCAGGGAGAAAUUCACCCUGGAGCAGGACAUCAGAGAGACUGAGGAGGCCAUCAGACACAAGUCCUCAGAGGUGCAGGUGAGCAGGCAUACCAUUUUUAAUUAAAAGGGGACUCAGGGGUUUUCACAUAUGUAUAAAUAUUUUUUUAAAUGCAAUAUGGUGGUUCUCCAAAUUGAAGAAUUGUGAUAAAUCUGGAAUUUACUGUUUUUCCGAAAACACCCUAUUUCAAUUAUUUAAAUGUAUCUUCCCCCAAACCAAUAUCCUCUUCUUUCCCCCCAUCUGUCCAUCAGGAGAUGCAGAACGACCUGGACAAAGAGACGUGCUGUCUGCAGGAGCUGGAGGCCCAGAAGCAGGAUGCCCAGGAGCGGCUGGAGGAGAUGGACCAGCAGAAGACCAAGCUGGAGGACAUGCUCAACGACGUCAGGAUCCAGUGCAAGGAGGAGUCCCAAAUGGUGAGAGGGAUGGAGGGUUAGAUCGGCAGAAGGUUGAGAGAGGGAUUGGACAGGGGUCAGGUAGUAGUUGUGGAAUCAAUAUGAAACAAAUCCAUAGCUACUUUUCACUAUCAAUCUGAUAAACAGACCUUACAUCCUUGGAUUGAUGGACAAAGCUUACAUUGUCGGCUUUCUCUCGCUCCCUCUCUCCCUUUGUCUGUUGCUGUCAAUCGCUUUCUCUACCCCAGAUCUCGUCUCUGCAGAACCAGAUCCACUCCCAGGAGACAGACCUGCAGAGCCAGGAGGAGGAACUGAGCCGGGCUAAGGCAGACCUGAACCGGCUGCAGCUGGAGGAGAGCCAGAUGGAACAGAGCCUGACUGCUGGCAAGUUCCAGCUGGAGACCAUCAUCAAGUCCCUCAAAGCUACCCAGGAUGAGAUCAACCAGGUGAGAGAGAACCACUGGGGCCUGGUAGUGAGAGAGGAGAAGCAACGGGAAUGUUCCCAGUCAGAUAUGCAGAGGUCCUAGAAACAGUGAUGUCCUGUUGGAGUUAGCGUUAAGGACAACGACCACAACCUUACCUGAUUCACACAAUAGGGCCAACCCGAACCAUGCUGGUUCUGAAAUGUUAUUGUCGCAUUGUCCUUUCCAGCAUGGUUCCAGCACAGCUAUCUAUGGUGCAUGCGUAACCAGGCCAGCCCAAUUCAGCUCAGCAUGGCUCGGCUCUGUUUUGUCCUAUGGUGUGAACAAGGCUGAUGUGUCUGGGAUGUGAGAGGACCUGUUGCAAGACACUUUCUAAUGUGACCACCAGGGGGAGACUUUGUGUUAUGAAUGGCGAAACCAACCAGAUUCAAUUUGUGCUUGGUUCUUUCUCUCUUGAGUUCUAUCCUCCCAUUUCUCUGAAAGUAAUUCAGCAUAGACUGGACAUUUAAGGCGUACUUCAUUUUCAGUGAAAUUCUAGGGAAGUUGUUUUAGAGAGAAAAUGCAAUAUAUUUCGUUAUUAUAUUUUAAAGUGCAUGUGCUCUCUUGAAUUCAUUUGGAGAUAUCAGCUGGUUCUCAGUCCUCUGCCAGGUUUGGGUGUGGCAGUUUCAGUUAGAGCAUCAACUGUUCUACCUCCGCUUUCUGCAUCAUCUGGAUCAUCAUAUCUGACAUGACUUCCACGUGCCACAGCCCACGCCUCAGAUCUCACAUCACCUUCUCACAUCUCUCGUAUCACCCUGAGAAAGGAUGCUGAGCCAUACAUGGCUGUGUUCUCUUUUAUAGGUGGGGGAAUGUCCUUGCCAUUGCAUUGAGAUACGUGAGAGAUGAUCCAUUCUCAUCUACUCUCAUUAUGAACAAACAGCAGCACAUCCAUACUCAUCAGGACCAAAUCAUAUUGACUCUAAUAUCAGAAUUUGUCACUCUUCUCUCAAUAAAUUCAAACCAUAUUGAGAUUACACCACUAUAGUCCCUGUUGUAUUCUCAGCCCACCAUCUGUGAGGAGCCAAGGGGAAUACCAGCACUCAGCUGUAGCCACUUUAUGAUUUUAGUUUUGUCUCUCAAGGACAUAUUGAAAUUAAAUGGAAAAAGUAAUCACAACCUUAUGUACAAACACAUGGACAUGGCCGGCUCCAGGCAUAAGUGACAUAAGUGGUCUCUUAGGGCCCCCAAAAGUCUAGAGCCGGCCCUGCACAUGGACCACAGCACCCUGCAUUCACAUAGGACUGUGUUGCUACCCUAACAACCCUAACAUUCUCUGUGUUGAAUGAAACCCUACAUUAACCUACUGUGUUGUGCUGUUCCUUCAGGCUCGCAGUAAGCUGUCUCAGAUCCAGGACAGCCAGCAGGAGAUGAAUAAGAGCAUUGAGCAGUACAACAGCACCUUGAACGGGACCCACAGAGGCAGCAUGACCAACCUGGCUGACAUGAGCGAGGGAUUCCCCGACCGCGAGAAUGGAGGCUUCGGAGCCAUGGUGAGGAGACCACACUGUUUAUAGGGACAGGAGGUUAAAUUCAGGGCCAUAUAUCUACGGCCAGAGUUCUUUUCCUGGCCAGGUCAUGUGGCUCUAUUUGUAAACCUAAAGAAGUAGCACAUAAGUGCAUUGCAAACCUGUAGAAGUAAUAUAUAGGAGAGGUAAAUUGAGGUUGAAUGCUUGGUGUCUAGUGGAGAACUGGUUAAACCUACAAAAGGCAGAGUAUCCAACAAUGGAUAUUGUUCUACUCUACUGAACAUAGCUGGUACAUUUGGACUUGAACAAUGGAUUGCAGCCCUAGUGUAAUGUUGUAGUUCCUUUCAGAUCAUGGUAAUAUGAUGAUUCAUUGAAACCUGCUGGCCUGGGUGUGAAAUUCAUCUGCGUGUCACCACUUCGAACAGCUGCAGAGAGCUUAUCAGAUAAAAAGAGACGAUUAGGGGACUGUGCAAAACCUUCACCUGCAAAGAAAGGAGGUAUCACUUCCUUCAUUUAGCAUCAGAAAUGUUCCAUUCAAACGAGCGACUCCAGAAUCUUAAGUGGAUUAAUCCCAUAGUUUGGUUAUAUCUUAUUUGCUUUCCACAUAAUGUAAUUAUCUUGGCUUAAAUACUCUCGCACGCUGUUAUUUUACCUGGCAGCCCUCUAUUAUUCCAUCUUAAGCUUUAUUACCUGUGCAUUUUGAAAGGGCUCGAACACUUAGUGCUUAUUCUUGGUCCUAAUUCUGGGAAGUGUGGCUGAGUAAAUACAGGGAUCAUGGUCAGACUUCAAAUCAAAUCAAAUCAAAUUUUAUUGGCCACAUGCGCCGAAUACAACAGGUGCAGACAUUACAGUGAAAUGCUUACUUACAGCCCUUAACCAACAGUGCAUUUAUUUUUAACAAAAAAGUAAAAAUAAAAAAGUGUUGAGAAAAAAAAGAGCAGAAGUAAAAUAAAAUAACAGUAGGGAGGCUAUAUAUACAGGGGGGUACCGGUGCAGAGUCAAUGUGCGGGGGCACCGGCUAGUUGAGGUAGUUGAAGUAAUAUGUACAUGUGGGUAGAGUUAAAGUGACUAUGCAUAAAUAAUUAACAGAGUAGCAGCAGCGUAAACGGAUGGGGUGGGGGGGCAGUGCAAAUAGUCCGGGUAGCCAUGAUUAGCUGUUCAGGAGUCUUAUGGCUUGGGGGUAGAAGCUGUUGAGAAGUAUUUUGGACCUAGACUUGGCACUCCGGUACCGCUUGCCGUGCGGUAGCAGAGAGAACAGUCUAUGACUAGGGUGGCUGGAGUCUUUGACAAUUUUGAGGGCCUUCCUCUGACACUGCCUGGGAUAGGCACAGACUUCUUAUUGAAAUAAGGAGAAAUCCUGCUUAUGAAACAUAACAAGUAAGCGUUUUCAUAGCUAGGGCUCGUCUGGCACGUGAAGGCAGGUUUUCUAGAGAAACCCGACACCCUAAAGAAUGUGGGCCUAACAGAAAUGUUUUCCUACCGACUCGGGGGCUAUUUUAUUGGGACCAGCUGAGUGCAGUGGAGCGCAGCAGACACCGAAUGGACAAAUUGCAGGAGAAUGAAAAUUGCCUGUGCGUUAUUAAAGUGAAACUCAAGCUCGGGGGGCUCUCUGGUCUGGUCUCAUCUGGAACCAGGCAGUCAUAGUGGGGCUUUUCUUCAGGCACACAUUCCUCUCUCCGAGGUCUCUGUUAGUGUUGUUGAACUCAAAUUCCUCCACUUGAACCUGAGUGGGCCGUUAUUGAAAUGUGAAGUAUUUGAUUUGAUGGCUGUCGUGUGGCAGCUCGGCGAGACUUAGCGGUCGACUGAAUAAACAAUGGAGUCGAAGUGCGUUGGUUUUCUCCUUAAUGCCUGUCUGAGGGGAAAAUGGUUGGAGAUGGUGGCAGCGUUUUAAGUGUAAAUAAACCGAAGCUCUCCAGAGCCAGACAGACAUCACAAAUCCCUGUUUUUCUCCCCUUCUCAGGAGGACCCGUUCAAGGUGAAGACAUCUGGGUUCAAUAGCGUCCCUCAGGAGAUGCACACAGACCCCUUCCACUCCGAAGACCCCUUCAAGACAGACCCCUUCAAGACAGACCCCUUCAAGACAGACCCCUUCAAAAGUGCUGAUUCUCUCUUUCCUCUCAAUCUCCUCUCCCUCCCCCGCCGCAUCUCUCUCCCUCAUCUUCCUCUCCUCUCGCUCUCUUCUCUCCAUCCUCCUCCUCGCCACCUGCUCUCACGCCGCAUCCCUCGUUUCAGUCUGCCCCUCUCUCUUCCCUCCACUCUCUCCCUCCAGCGCCAGCUCCGCCUCCAUCCUAAUUGCCCUCCCAUCUCCUCUUCGCCUCCAUCCUCUCUCGCCCUCCACUCCUCUCCCUCCUCCCCCUCCCCCUCUCCAUCUCUUUUUCAUCUCCUCUCUCUCUUUCCUCUCCAUCUCUCCUUCUCUCUUCCCUCCCUCUCCUCUUCCUCCUCUCCUCUCUCUUUCCUCUCCCUCUCUCUUUCCUCUCCUCUCUCUCCUUUCCUCUCCAUCUCUCUCCCUCUCCCUCUUCCUCCCCUCUCUCUCUUUCUUUCCCUCCUCUCCUCCUCUUUCCUCUCCAUCUCUCUCUUUCCUCUCAUCUCCUCUUUCCUCUCCCUCCUCUCCUCCAUCUCCCUUUUCCCUCCCUCCUCUCCUCUCUCCUCUUUCCUUCCAUCUCCUCCCCAUCGCUCUCCUCGGUUCCUCUCCAUCUCUCUAGUCCCUCGUCCCCUCAUCCAUCCCUCCUCUCCUCUCCCUCUCUUUCCUCUCCUCUUCCUCUCCUCUCUCUCGUUCGCUCUCCCAUCUCUCUCAUUUCCUCUGCCAUCUGCUCUCUUGCGCCAGGCCCUCUCCUGCGCCAGCCCUUUCCCUCGCUCUCCUCUCUCCUCUCCUCUCUCCCUCUCUUCCUCUCCUCCACCCUCCGCUGAUCUCUCUUCCCGCUCCCCUCUCCCUCUCGCCGGCUCUCGUCCGAUCUUCUCCGCCUCCUCAGCGUCUCCAUCUCGCUUUCUCUCCUCUAUCUCCUCCGCUUUCCUAUCCUCCCUCCCCGCUCUCUUUACGCCUCCCUCUCUCUGCCUCUCCCUCUCCUUUCUCUCGCCUAUCUCUCUUUCCUCUCCAUCUCUCUCUUUCCUCUCCAUCUCUCUCUUUCCUCUCUAUCUCUCUCUUUCCUCUCCAUCUCUCUCUUUCCUCUCCAUCUCUCUUUCCUCUCCAUCUCCUCUCCCUCUCUCUCUUUCCUUUCCCUCUCCUCCUCACUCAAAUGUUCCCACAGCGCUCCCAUCCUCCCUCUCCCUGACAUUAUUGGUAGUUUCACCAGAAGCAAUGUGGACUCCUCUGCAGCUUGUCUAAGACUUUGUUUUUGCAGUUCUGCCUUUGUUUGCCUUAAGUGUGCUCUAUAAUUUGUUUUUGAUCCCUCAGGGUUUAGAAUCCCCAUUCCAGCAUUUUAGCUUUUGUUCUCUGUGGCAUAGCCUCUGAUUGUCUCCCCCCUCCCACUUGAUUCCUCUCCUAUAGGUGACCCCUUCCAAAAUGACCCUUUUGCAAAGCAGUCAUCACUACCAGCCGCUGCAGGUAUUUAUUUAUUCACAACACGAAAGAGCCAUACAUGAGCUUAAUUAUACAUGGACAUCACAGGAGGUUGGUGGCACCGUAAUUAGGGAGGAUGGGCUCGUGGUAAUGACUGGAGCGGAAUAGGGGGAAUGGUAUCAAACACAUGGUUUCCAUGUUUGAUGCCAUUCCAUUUGCUCCGUUCCAGACAUUAUUAUGAGCCGUCCUCCCGUCAGCAGCCUCCUGUGAUGGACAUACAAUGCCAUCCUCUUGUCAUGAUAAAAACUCUUAAGGAUCGGGCCCUUUUUUAAAAUCUUCUCCUAAAAUGACAUACCCAAAUCUAACUGCCUGUAGCUCAGGACCUGAAGCAAGGAUAUGCAUAUUCUUGAUACCAUUUGAAAGGAAACACUUUGAAGUUUGUGGAAAUGUGAAAUUAAUGUAGGAGAAUAUAACACAUUAGAUCUGGUAAAACAUAAUACAAACAAAAAAACAUGCGUGUUUUUUUAUUUAUUUAUUUUUUAUCAUCUUUGAAAUGCAAGAGAAAGGCCACAAUAUAAUAUUGCAGUUUAGGCGCAAUUUAGAUUUUGGCCACUAGAUGGCAGCAGUGUGUGUGGAGAGUUUCAGAUUGAUCCAGUGAAGCAUUGCAAUACUGGACUAUUUUGUAUCAAGUCUGCCCAAAUGUGCCGAAUUGGUAAAUUUAUACAUUUCCAACUACAUAACUAUAGAGAACAUACAAAAAUGAUAUGGUAAUACAAAAUGUAAGUUUACACACUCCCAGGAAUGUCAUACAUUUACAUUUACAUUUACGUCAUUUAGCAGACGCGCUUAUCCAGAGCGACCCACAAAUUAAUGCAUUCAAUUUAUGAUAGCCAGUGGGACAACCACUUUUUUUCCCUUUUUUAUUGGGAUUACUUUUAUACUAUUCAAAGUAUUCCUUAAAGAGGUAGGGUUUCAAGUGUCUCCGGAAGGUGGUCAGUGACUCCGCUGCCCUGGCGUCGUGAGGGAGCUUGUUCCACCAUUGGGGUGUCAGAGCAGCGAAUAGCUUUGACUGGGCUGAGCGGGAACUGUGCUUCCGUAGAGGUAGGGGGGCUAGCAGGCCAGAGGUGGAUGAACGUAGUGCCCUCGUUUGGGUGUAGGGUCUGAUCAGAGCCUGAAGGUAAGGAGGUGCCGUUCCCCUCACAGCUCCGUAGGCAAGCACAAUGGUCUUGUAGUAGAUGCAAGCCUCAACUGGAAGCCAGUGGAGUGUGCGGAGGAGCGGGGUGACAUGAGAGAACUUGGGAAGGUUGAACACCAGACGGGCAGCAGCGUUCUGGAUAAGUUGUAGGGGUUUAAUGGCACAGGCAGGGAGCCAAGCCAACAGCGAGUUGCAGUAAUCCAGACGGGAGAUGACAAGUGCCUGGAUUAGGACCUGUGCCGCUUUCUGUGUAAGGUAGGGUCAUACUCUGCGAAUGUUGUAGAGCAUGAACCUGCAGGAUCGGGUCUCCGCUUUGAUGUUAGCGGAGAACGACAGGGUGUUGUCCAGGGUCACGCCAUGGUUCUUUGCACAUGCAUGAUGGGUCAUUAGCUUAUACACUAACUUUCACACAUCUAGAUGGCCGGCGGGGUGGGUGUGGAGCCAGAGACCGCAGGGGUUCAAACUGUAGAACCCUACAUUUGAAUAUAAAAAUGGAUUUUAUCAAACAAAACUAUGCUACAUUUUAUCUCUGGGACCCUUAGGAUGACAAAUCAGAGAAAGAUUACUGAAUUACAUUAUUUACCUUCAGAGGUGAAUGUAUCAAACCAGUUGCCGUGAUACAUUUUUUGUUGUUGUGCACUCUCCUCAAACAAUAGCAUGGUGUUUUUUCACUGUAAUAGCUACUGUAACUUGGACAGUGUAGUUAGAUUAACAAGAAUUUAAGCUUUCUGCCCAUAUAAGACAUGUCUAUGUCCUGGAAAGUUUGCUGUUAUUUACAACAGUCAUGCUAAUCACAUUGGCGCACGUUAGCUCAACCGUCCCGUGUACGGGACACCGAUCCCGUGGAGGUUAAUGACACUAUGGAACUGUGAAAAACAGGCCUUCACCGCCACACUUCUCUCUUUGUAAUAUUGGGGACUUUCUGUUACCUUAUCUUCAUGAUGAGGCAAAAAAAAGCACUGAUGUUUUCAUUGCAGCACACACCUCGCUUACUCCUAAGGCAAUAAGCCUAACUGUAAUUAUAAGAUACAUUCCAAAUAAAAUAUUUGCUGUAUAUUGAAUGUUAUCUUAAUGGUGAUUGCCAAAUGUCUGUAGACACUUGUUGUGUUUGUCUUGCGUAAUGGAGAAUGCCUACGUUCUCAAUGUUGACUAUAGUAAAGUCAAUGAGAGUUGAACACACAUCAAUUUGAACUGAUUAAAACAAAAUGCAUAGAACUUUCAUAAGGGGAAAUGGGAAAUAACGUUGAACAUAGUGCCUCAACUGGGUUAAAUGAGUCUUACUGAAGAGGUUAACCAAAUUAGACAUACAUUAUCUCCACUACUAUAUGACUUAUGGUCCGGAUGCUACAGACUACAGAGUAAACCUAAUUCAUAUAGCGUCUCUAUGUGAAGUAUACAGCCCAGUCAGACUGGCCUGUGUGAAGGAAAGGUCAUGUCUGAUCUACAGUCUGCUCUCCUAGAUCUUUCUCUCCACCCAGACCCCUUUGGGGGGGACCCCUUCAAAGAGACGGACCCCUUCAAGGCCUCGUCGGAAGACUUCUUCAAGAAGACCACCAUCAAGGCAGACCCCUUCAGCACCCCUGACCCCUUCAGUAAAAGUGCCACCCUCCCCACCAAGGUACAGAGAAGCCAUCAUGGUACCUUCUAACCACAUUGAAUAUAUUUGUAUUUUCAAUUCAGUUUAUAUGUGGGUGUAUAAACUGAGUAUACAAAACAUUAAGGACACCUGCUCUUUCCAUGACAUACACUGAGUGUACAAAACAUUAAGGACACCUUCCUAAUAUUGAAUUGCACCCCCCCUUUGCCUUCAGAACAGCCUCAAUUCGUCGGGGUAUGGACUCUACAAGGUGGCGAAAGCGUUCCAUUGACUCCAAUGCUUCCCACAGUUGUGUUUAGUUGGCUAGAUGUCCUUUGGGUGGUGGACCAUUCUUGAUACACACGGGAAACGGUUGAGCGUGAAAAACCCAGCAGCGUUGCAGUUCUUGACACAAACUGGUGCGCCUGGCACCUACUAACAUACCCCGUUCAAAGGCACUUACAUAUUUUGUCUUGCCCAUUCACCCUGUAAAUGGCACACAUUCACAAUCCAUGUCUCAAUUGUCUCAAGUCUUAAAAAUCCUUCUUUAACCUGUCUCCUCCCCUUCAUCUACAAGGAUUGAAGUGGAUUUAACAAAAUACUAUAAAUAAGGGAUCAUAGCUUCCUAAUGUUUGGUAUACUCAGUGUAUGUAUGUAACUGUUUCUUUAUGCUUGUUCUUGCAGACUAGUAAUUUUACAAGCAGCGCAGACCCUUUCAUAUCCAUUAGCCCAAAACCCAGCAGAGGCCCAGGACCAGGUACAUGCUCAAAUAUCUUUCUCCUAUUCUCCUAUUUCUUAUCACCCCAAGUCGUCUUUAGGCUACCUCUCUCUCCACCUCUUUCUCUGGCAUGUAUAAGUCUGCUUUCUGUAUUCAGAGAGAGAGAGAUAUACACCAGUGAUGUGUAAAGUCAAAUUCCUGUACAUGCAAAUGUAUUUGGUGAAUAAAGGUGAUUCAUUUUCCGGUGAGUUACACAAUGCUUUUCACACCUUUUUGGCCCAGCCUACUGCUGUCUGUGUAUAAGCAUAUAGGCCUUUGGGGUAGUGAGCUGUCUUAACCCGCAGUGCAGUUGACAAGAAGCUAUGAAAAUAGUUCCCAUCUUUGACAUGCGUUUAAACCCUCCAACCCUUUUUUUCCCUUCACGUUUUUAAACACAGGGUAGGUCUCAGUCUGUGUUUGGGUGCUGGUGGUUAACAAAUAUCAGAGUAAAAUAGCACAAUACCUCAAAUAGAAUUUGUAUGAAUAAGAUGGGUAACAUUUUGACCCUAAUGGUUUUAAGAGAGGGAAACAGUUGAGGUUCUUGUUUGAUGUGAUAUUUUCCUAAGGUUCCCAUUCUUAGCAGCACAUGAACCACUUAAAGCUCUUGAAACAGUCCCUGUGAAAACAAGAGAUGCAUUGUGGCUUGGUCCCAGAGGAUAGCUCAUGGCAUCUGAAAUAGCCCUAGAGAGACCUUGGACAGGGCCAUCUGUAACUGUGUAAGUGUGUAGGUCCCAUUCUCAAUCAACCCUUCUUUUCUCUGGGGUUGUGCAAAGAAAGUCCUCUUUUUAUUUUCCCUAGGAAAUUGCUGUAGUCCAUAUAAACACAUUACACCAUGCAGUACUGCAAUAACAUCGCCGUGCUAGAGCACAGGGCAGGCUGUGGCAGUUGGAUAUUUGUAGGGUCAGGUUUUCAUGUUAGUUUGCCUAUUGAACUUAUGCGCCAAGAGAAAAGGUGUCACGUUGGAUACUUGAUAGUCAAAUCUUUUCGCCAGCUCAUUUUGUCUCUCUUGACUGAAACUACACAGGGUUUCUACACACUCAGGGGUGAAACAGUGAAACAUUGAUGCAACAGUGUGCCAACCGUUGAGCAAUGACUCUGGAAGCACAAACCAUAUCAGUCUUGUUUCAAAAAAUUGAAUAAUGAAGGAAGCUUUAUGCAACAUCUUUUUGAGGGCGGACCCAAUACACAUUUUUGUUUGUCUGAAUUUGCGGGGUUUACGCACUAGCCAAGCUUCUGGGAGAGCGCCAUGGUUUUACGCACCAGCCAAGCUUCUGGGAGAGCGCUAUUGGUUUUACGCACCAGCCAAGCUUCUGGGAGAGCGCUAUUGGUUUUACGCACCAGCCAAGCUUCUGGGAGAGCGCCAUGGUUUUAUGCACCAGCCAAGCUUCUGGGAGAGCGCCAUGGUUUUACGCACCAGCCAAGCUUCUGGGAGAGCGCCAUGGUUUUACGCACCAGCCAAGCUUCUGGGAGAGCGCCAUGGUUUUACGCACCAGCCAAGCUUCUGGGAGAGCGCCAUGGUUUUACGCACCAGCCAAGCUUCUGGGAGAGCGCUAUUGGUUUUACGCACCAGCCAAGCUUCUGGGAGAGCGCUAUUGGUUUUACGCACCAGCCAAGCUUCUGGGAGAGCGCCAUGGUUUUACACACCAGCCAAGCUUCUGGGAGAGCGCCAUGGUUUUACCACCAGCCAAGCUUCUGGGAGAGCGCCAUGGUUUUACGCACCAGCCAAGCUUCUGGGAGAGCGCCAUGGUUUUACGCACCAGCCAAGCUUCUGGGAGAGCGCCAUGGUUUUACGCACCAGCCAAGCUUCUGGGAGAGCGCCAUGGUUUUACGCACCAGCCAAGCUUCUGGGAGAGCGCUAUUGGUUUUACGCAUCAGCCAAGUUUCUGGGAGAGCGCCAUGGUUUUACGCACUAGCCAAGCUUCUGGGAGAGCGCCAUGGUUUUACGCACCAGCCAAGUUUCUGGGAGAGCGCCAUGGUUUUACGCACUAGCCAAGCUUCUGGGAGAGCGCCAUGGUUUUACGCACCAGCCAAGCUUCUGGGAGAGCGCUAUUGGUUUUACGCACCAGCCAAGCUUCUGGGAGAGCGCCAUGGUUUUACGCACCAGCCAAGCUUCUGGGAGAGCGCCAUGGUUUUACGCACCAGCCAAGCUUCUGGGAGAGCGCCAUGGUUUUACGCACCAGCCAAGCUUCUGGGAGAGCGCCAUGGUUUUACGCACCAACCAAUCUUCUGGGAGAGCGCCAUGGUUUACGCACCAACCAAGCUUCUGGGAGAGCGCCAUGGUUUUACGCACCUAGCCAAGCUUCUGGGAGAGCGCCAUGGUUUUACGCACCAGCCAAGCUUCUGGGAGAGCGCCAUGGUUUUAUGCACCAGCCAAGCUUCUGGGAGAGCGCCAUGGUUUUACGCACCCCAGCCAAGCUUCUGGGAGAGCGCCAUGGUUUUACGCACCCCAGCCAAGCUUCUGGGAGAACGCCAUGGUUUUACGCACCAGCCAAGCUUCUGGGAGAGCGCCAUGGUUUUACGCACCAGCCAAGCUUCUGGGAGAACGCCAUGAUUCCCUUUUGAUUAUGUUUCAUAGAGCACCCUUUCGAAUACUUUGAAUAUUUGUGUAUUUGUGCUGUGUAACCUAAACCCUGGACUAACUUUUCUUAAACGUCUCAUGUUGAUAUUUGCUCAGAUCUCUUUGGCACUCUGGACCCCUUUGGAAGCAGCACUGCUUUUGGAGGCAGUAACAGCUCAUUUGGCAGUAUCAGUAACAGUGGGUUUGCAGACUUCAGCCAAAUGUCAAAGGUCAGAGACCCAAUGAAAGGAAGAGGAGGUUUCCCAGAAUACCAGCAGGUACAUCUACUAAAGACUAUGAACUUUUACAUUGCAUUUAUUUAUUCAGUAGACUGCACAAUUCCUAUCCAGAGGUGCACAAUGAACCGUUUGGGUAGUUUUUCUAACUUCCUGAUUUAACACCACUGCACAUCAGUCUUAAUAUGAUUUGGAACUUAUGGACAGUUGUGAAGUGACUGCUAUUAGCUUCAGCUUUGGCAUCUGAAGACUCAUAUAUUCUCCCUCCCUCCCUCCAGUCGGGGUUUGUGGAGGACCCCUUCAGUAGGAAGCAGGACGGCCCAGCUCUGCCGCCCAAGAUGGGUGUUCCCCCCAGACCCAAACCUCCCAGUGGUGAGUGAGGCUGAAGGGAAACAGGGAGAAAUAGAGGGAGGAAAUAAGUGAGAGAAUAGAGAUGGAGUGGAGGUGUAGGAGAGAGAGAGAGACAAAGGGGCAGAUAGAGAAUGCUAAACAGAGAGAGGGAAAGGGAGAGAGAAAAAAUUAACUAGAGAGGAGGGGGAGGUAGCGGGUUAACCAAGGACGGGUAAUGCCUACCUUCUAGGUUUCACUAUGAAUAAUACUACUUAACACCUUGUACCUUGAUUAACAGUACACUUUGCAAUAUAGGUCAACUUAUAGAAUUGUGAUGAUUUAGUAUUUCCCUUUGUCAUUUCACUGCAAGUGUUCCCCUCUUUUGUUUAGAUCUUCUAGUGACAUACACAGAAUAAGGUUGUGAGGAUGACUGGCAUGGCUCAUCAUCACAUAUCUUCUGACUGUUAGAACGUAGUUGACUAGAAGGAGUUAUAAGGGAUCUGCAUACCCACUGCGCACACGCUGGUUGAUUCAACGUCGUUUCCACGUCAUUUCAACAAAAUUACGUCGAACCAACGUGGAAUAGACGUUGAAUUGACGUCUGUGCCCAGUGGGUAGUCUUUAAAGCUUAAACUCUGCUGGUGUCGCCUCCUCUCUUACCUCCACAUGAGUAGAGUAUGCUAGUCAGUAGUCAUAGAUCAAACAGCGAUGCUCACUGCAGCUCAGAAACAAGAAAGACACUUCAUGAAAACAGAGAAGAAGAGUUCAUCAUCUCUGCCAAACCACUGUCGCUUUCAUGAUUUUCAUGAUUUCACCACCUACUAUUAUUAAAGCGGUCCCACUUUAUGGUAAAACCAUGUAUUCAAUAUGCAAUGUAAUUGCAAUAUAGCCUAGGUAUACAUUAUUACAAAGUAGUUGCAACUUUGAUGCAUGUUAGUGGUUUGUGUGCUGAAUUACAUGCAUAACAUAAAUAAAAAUUGUAGCUAAACAUCUAUCUUUAGAAUCCUUGCUUGACAUUAGUGUUAGAUGCCAAGCUGCAGGGAGAACACAGAGCAUCAGGUCUCACAGGAGAUGAUGAGUAAGAACACAGAUGAUCUGUGGUUGGCCAUGGUGACACCAGAUCGCCCGAUGUUCUCAACCCCACCCUUCCCCACUUCCUCUGUUUCCACUGUGCGUGUGUGUGUGUGGGUGCAGGCAUGUGUGUGCACACUCGGGUGAGCAGUGUGGCUUCUCUGGCGACCUCUUACCCGACUCUGGUCACACUCUGUGCCCUGGCCAAUAAACAUAUUUCACACCUGGUUUUAUAGAACCAUGGAAAAUAUAUGAUAUGGGUAGAGAAGAAUUUGCAACAUACAGUAGAUAAGUGAAAGGUCACUGACAGAGUCAUAGUUUGAUGCAGAUAUCUUAAUGUUUCUAGGUGGUUUCUGAAGUCAUUACAUGGCAAUACUUCUGAAUGUAUUACAUAGCGAUACUUUAGAUUUGUACGAGAUACAGUCAGUCGGUCAUAAAUAGGACAUAUGAUUUAUGUCAUGAGAAUCAUGUCAGAACCUUUGUUUGUGGGGUUCUGAGGUGUGCCUUGUGCAUGACAUUGAUAGGUGGCACUGAUGAUGUGCUGGUAUUUUGGAGCAGGGUGGAGCUGACUGUAUGUGGGAAAGACUAUGUUCCAUUUCCUGAAAGAGAGAAACGUAUUGCCUGGCUGUUCAGUCGGGCUGUGAACUGCUAACCUUGGCAAGCCGGGUAUAAAUAAUAGUUUGAUUGACAAUGUGGUCAACACCUUCAGAAGCAACAACAACCAGCACUAUGUUCCCACGGCCCACUGACUGUGCCAGCCGAGGGUGGCCUACAGAGAAACAGCUUAGAAACAUCACUACCAUGUUAACUUGAACCUAUUUUAGAGUAGUUUCAGUUCUUUGUGAAAUGAUUGAUAUAUUUAUAUGUGGAUAUAAAGAUAUGAGGAUACAAUACGUUGGCAUAAAUAAGGCCAGGAGUUUUUCCUGACAUUACCAGGAAUAACUCUGGUCUCUACACUCUUAGAAAAAAAAGGUGAACCUAAAAAAGUUAUUACGCUUUUCCCGUAGGAGAACCCUUUGAAGAACCCUUUUGGUUCCAGGGAGAGCUCUUUUGGGUUCCAUGUAAAACCCUUUCCACAAAGGGUUCUACAUGAAACCCAAAAGGGUUCUACCUGGAACCAAAAAGGGUUCUCCUAUGGGGACAGCCAAAUAACCCUUUUGGAACCUUUUUUUCUAAGUGUAGUCAGAAAACACUGCUGUCCCUAGGGCCUUGGCAUGGCAUCACCCACCGAGGAGCGAUCUGAUGAACUUGUGAACUGAAUCCUCAGUUGGUUAUGUGGGCAGAAACUCUACGCAUCUGCUCGCCAUAAAACCCAGCAUAAAAUAGGAAAUUGCGGGUCUCCCGAGUGGCGCUGCGGUCUAAGGCACUGCAUCACAGUGCUUGAGGCGUCACUACAGACCCGGAUUCGAUCCCCAAACGACCGCGACCAGGAGACCCAUGAGACGCCGCACAAUUGGCCCAGCGUCGUCCGGGUUAGGGGAGGGUUUGGCUUGCCGGGAUGUCCAUCGUGCGCUAGUGACUCCUGUGGCGGGCCGGGGGAAUGCACGCUGACACGGACGCCAGUUGUACGGUGUUUCUUCUGACACAUUGGUGCGGCUGGCUUCCGGGUUAAGCGAGCAGUGUGUCAAGAAGCAGUGCAGCUUGGCAGGGUCGUGUUUCAGAUGACACAUGGCUCUCGACCUUUGCCUCUCCCGAGUCCGUACGGGAGUUGCAGCGAUAGGACAAGACUGUAACUACCAAUUGGAUAUCGCCAUUUAUUUUGAUACUGGGUUUAUGCAAUAUACUGCAUGGCCCAUCUAAUUUAAUGUGUUUAAUUCAUUCCAUGCUGGCAUAUUGUUUCAGUACAAUUUUGUGUGUAUGCGAUGGUGGGGGGGCAUUGUUUGUCUGCUCUCUCUAUUUUGUUUAAGUUGAGCUGCGUGUGGUUUUGGUGCAGACAUUGAUAAGGAAAAACGUCACAUUUCUGUGGUAAAAGUUAUCAAACCAUCACCUAAUACCUGAAGUUGUCCCCGUAACCACAUAUUUCAUCUUUGAGACAUCAGUGUAACAUUUAUAGUUCACAUGGGAGUACACCAUAUCUGUUGUGGUCUAUUUUGUUGGGGAAAUGACUGUGUCCUUACUGUCUCAAUGUCCUCAGGUAAAAGCACUCCCGUCAACAUGCCUGGAGGAGCGGGCGACUUGGCCAAGCCCUGCGACCCCUUCCAGCCGUUCGGCAGUGAUGCCAUCGACCCCUUUCAGAGUAAAAAGGUGGUCGGAGACCCCUUUAGUGGCAAAGACCCUUUUGCUCCUUCUGCCUCAAGUAAAGCCUCUAAAGACUCUUCCUUGGGUUUUGCAGACUUCAGUUCUGUAAGUUGAGCUCAGUGAUACUCUCUCUCUGUCCAGACCAGUCUAUAUAUACCUAGUCACUACCUCGCUGCUUCUAGCUCCCACAACGUUUAACUGAAGGAUCUAGAGCAGAGCAGACGACAAGGCUCAGCCUGUCUAUCUAGACCUUUCUGCUGCAUCUCAUCCUGGCCUCCCUUCACUGUGCAGACGUCUCUGUUUGUCAAUAACCUAAGACCAGAACCAGGCAUCUGCCCACUCAGACCCAUGGCAUAUUAACCACCAAGUAACAGGCUAACUGUUCAGACCUUUGGCAUUAGUAAUAACUACUGUUCAUGAUCACUGAUAAUCUGAUAAUCACUUUAAGCGUGUGUUCCAACCCACAAGCAUUUCGCUACACUAGCAAUAACAUCUGCUAACCAUGUGUAUGUGACCAAUACAUUUGAUACCUCAUAUCUAAGGAUGACACUGAACACAUUGUUGCCAUCUAGCUGUUUCCUGUUGAGUGUAAGCCUGUCUAAUGUUCCACAUAAGGCUCUCACUUGUCUAUACUGUGUUCUGAUUUUGGGGGGGAUUUUUCUCAACCCAUGCGUUGUAGUUGGUUACACACCACCUACAAUGCAUUUGAUGUUGUGCAGUAAAGCACAGAGCUGCAUUGCAGAAGUGAUCCCCAGUACUCGUGCAGGCAAGGGUGUCAGCCGUUUUUGUGGUUUGAUGUGUGCACUGCGAUUGGAACAUUUAAAUAAAUACAAUUAUAUUUUGCCUUGUGGUUUGCUGCUGGUUAAAAUGCUAUAGAGCAGGGGUAUUCAACUCUUGCCCUACGAGGUCCAGAGCCUGCUGGUUUUCUGUUCUACCUGAUAAUUAAAUACACCCUGAUUAGAUGGGAACAAUGAAACAAACGCAGUUGAACUGGCUUUGUGGUCCAGAGUUGAAUUUGAGGGCUAAAACAAGCACAAUUGAAAAGUAUUAUAUCUCUGGCAAUCAUCUCUGGCAGUCCAAUAAGUAGAUUCUGGCAGAGUGUGAAUUAUUAUUCAACCAGCCAGUGGGUGCUUUAAAAUCAGUGUUGAAUAAUCCAGCCAGUGUGGUGCUUUAAAAUCAGUGUUGAAUAAUCCAGCCAGUGUGGUGCUUUAAAAUCAGUGUUGAAUAAUCCAGCCAGUGUGGUGCUAUGACCUGGGCUGUCUGUCUAAACCAAAUAAUGGGUGUCUCACACAGUGAGUACGGUUACAUGCACACAAUAAUGUGAUUAUUGUGGAUAGUCAGAUUAAUAUAAUACUUUGUUUAAAAUGUUUACAUGCUUUGCAAGAAGAACCAUUUCCCUAAUAGUGCUGUUUCCAUGAACACAUCUGAAAUCAGGCUACCUGAUGGGAUUUAAAUAAAUGCCGAAAAUCGCCACAGUGACCAUGUUAUUUUUGCAAAGCCUAUUUGAUUCUGGCCACUACAUGACCAAAAGUGUGCUCGUCGAACAUCUCAUUCCAAAAUCAUGGGCAUUAACAUGGAGUUGGUCCCCCCUUUGCUACUAUAACAGCCUCCACUCUUCUGGGAAGGCUUUCCACUAGAUAUUGGAACAUCGCUGCGGGGACUUUCUUCCAUUCAGCCACAAGAGCAUUAGUGAGGUCAGGCACUGAUGUUGGGCGAUUAGGCCUAUCUCGCAGUUGGCCUUCCAAUUCAUCCCAAAGGUGUUUGAUGGGGUUGAGGUCAGGGCUCUGUGCAGGCCAGUCAAGUUCUUCCACACCGAUCUCGACAAACCAUUUCUGUAUGGACCUCGCUUUGUGCACGGGGGCAUUGUCAUGCUGUAUCAGGAAAGGGCCUUACCCAAACUGUUGCCACAUAGUUGGAAGCACAGAAUCGUCUAAAAUGUAAUUGUAUGCUGUAGCGUUAAGAUUACCCUUCACUGGAACUAAGGAGCCUGAACCAUGAAAAACAGCCCCAGACCAUUAUUCCUCCUCCAGCAAACUUUACAGUUGGUGCUAUGCAUUCAGGCAGGUAGCGUUCUCCUGGCAUCUGCCAAACUCAGAUUCGUCCUUCGGACUUCGAGAUGGUGAAGCGUGAUUCAUCACGCCAGAGAACAUGUUUCCACUGCUCCAGAGUCCAAUGGCGGGGAGCUUUACACCACUCCAGCCAACGCUUGGCAUUGCACAUGAUGAUUUUAGGCUUGUGUGCGGCUGUUCGGCAAUGGAAACCCAUUUAAUUAAGCUCCUGACUAACAGUUAUUGUGCUGACGUUGUUUCCAGAGGAAGUUUGGAACUCGGUAGUGAGUGUUGCAACCGAGGACAGAUGAUUUUUACGAGCUACGCACUUCAGCACUUGGCGGUCCCAUUCUGUGAGCUUGUGUGGCCUACCACUUCACGGCUGAGCCGUUUUUGCUCCUAGAGAUUUCCACUUCACAAUAACAGCACUUACAGUUGACUGGGGCAGCUCUAGCAGGGCAGCUCUAGCAGGGCAGACAUUUUACAAACUGACUUAUUGGAAAGGUGGCAUCAUAUGACGGUGCCACGUUGAAAGUCACUGAGCUCUUCAGUAAGGGAAAUUAUACUGUUUGUCUAUGAAGAUUGCAUGGCUGUGUGCUCGAUUUUAUACACCUGUCAGCAACGAGUGUGGCUGAAAUAGCCAAAUCCACUAAUUUGAAAUGGUGUCCACAUACAUUUGGCCAUAUAGUGUAUUUCUAAGAUGCAUACUUUCAGUUUUUCGAACUCACUCGCGCAUAAGAGGGAGGCUUGCGCUACCGGUGCUAGCAAAUGAAAUAUACCGCUGGAGCGCCAAUUAAGGUGGUUACAUGUUCUUAUAAUUCAACAGAUUGCUCAGAAAACCAGGUGUUAUAAUCGGCGUAUGCUUACUUCGAUUUUGACUUUACGCCGAUUAAAAUAAGCAGAGUAAAGUGUUUACAUGACUAUUACCAUAAUCGGCCUACUGCCAUAAUCAGUUUAAUAUCUAAUUAUUAGUGUGCAUGUAAACAUACUCAGUGAAGCCAUAAUCCAGCAUAUUCAUAUCUGAAUAUUGACCCUUACCAUCUAAGCUCCAAUCAUCAGCAGUCAGCCAGUCAGUCAGUCAAUCAGUCACUCAGUCAGCCAGCCAGUCAGUCAAUCAGUCAGUCAGUGAGUCAGCCAGCAAGUCAGUCAUUGAGUUAGUGAGUGUGUCAGAUAGUCAGUGAGUCAGUAAGUCAGUCAUUCACUCACUCAGUCAGUAAGUAAGUCAGUCAUUCACUCAGUGAGUCAGUCAGUCAGUCACUCAGUAAGUCAGUCAGUCAGUCACUCAGUAAGUCAGUCAGUCAGUCACUCAGUAAGUCAGUGAGUCAGUAAGUCAGUCAGUGAGUGAGUCAGUGAGUCAGUCAGUCAGUGAGUCAGUGAGUGAGUCAGUCAGUCAGUCAGUCAGUCAGUGAGUCAGUCACUUAUUAAGUAAUUAAUUCAGUCAGUCAUUCAGUCAGUAAGUCAGUCAUUCAGUCAGUGAGUCAUUCUAUCAGUGUGUGCCCUAUGCCAUUCUAGGCCAGAGAGGGAAGCCAAUCCGGUGUGGUUUAGUGACUGACAGCUCCAAGUCACUGGUCUGGCUGUGGGAUCUGUAGACACGGGAAGCAGCAGUAUCACUAUUCAGCUCUCAGUCCUGAGUCCUUACCCAGCAUGUCUAUGGUGUGUGUCACUGAUGUGUGUCCUACUAGUGUGUAGAUGCAGUAUCAGUGUGUAUCAGUUUGUCUUUUCUUGAGGCUUAGUUUGCUCAGUCUGGUUAGUGUUGGUCUGCUGCAUGACAUUGGUAGCAUAGAUCCUGUUUUACCAUCUCUGACUUGUGCCAAAUUACUCCCAAAGUAACCAAAACUAUUUUAACAGAAUCAGCUGCCUGGAUUUUAUUGAAACUAAAGAGGCAUGGUGAAUGAAGAUAUUAUCAACAACAAAAAAAUACAAUAUCAUAUAAUAAUUUAAUAAUCAUAUAUUAACUUGGCCCCUGAAUUGAAUGAUGAAUAAUUCAAGGUAACAAAUGUAAUGUAUCUAUUAAACGCCUCAAUGGAUUCUCCCGAGUGGCGCAGUGGUCUAAGGCUGUGCCACUAGAGAUCCUGGUUCGAAUCCAGGCUCUGUCAUAGCCGGCCGCGACCGGGAGACCCAUGGGGCGGCGCACAAUUGGUCCAGGGUAGGGGAGGGAAUGGCCGGCAGGGAUGUAGCUCAGUUGGUAGAGCAUGGCGUUUGCAACGCCAGGGUUGUGGGUUCGAAAUAAAAAAAUUAUGUAUGCACUCACUAACUGUAGGUCGCUCUGGAUAAGAGCGUCUGCUAAAUGACUAAAAUGUUCCAUAUUUAUUUUGGUGAGUAAGAAUUGAAGGUGCUCAUUUGACCCUGACAUCUGAAUCAGAUCUAACGUUGGUAAAGCAGUGUCUGCUAAUAUGUGUGUAUUGGUAUGCAUGGGAGAGUUCCUAGCUUACACAGGCUAGAUCUCAUACUGUCACUUUAACAGAUGAUGUAAAAGUCAUUUUCUCCCUGCAUGCCACUUUCACAUGUUGCCUCAAAUAUGCUUUUAGUUGCUCGUUCAUUUUCACCUGGGACCAAACUGAAAAGUCCUCCAUGUUGCUUUGUCAUAGUUAGUUGUAUCUUGUGGUGUUUCGAAGUGUGCUCGGUGUAAAAUGGAUGGUGAUGCGCGAUUGGUGAAUUAUUUAUUUGGUGUUUUAUCAUUCAUUUUUCUCUCGCAGGACCAGAAAAAGUUAAGGUAAGAAUGUUUGAACAUGCGGUCAAAUUGAAUAGUGGCUUGUUUUGUGUUUUGGUCUCGUACUGUAGGUUCUGAGCACAACCACUUAGGUUUAACAAUAAGAAGCACAUUUCCUCCAACAGCAGAACACACUUAAAUUGAAUAUUAAAGGAAGGAUAGGGUUAGGUCAAUUAGUGUGUGUGUAGUAGUGUGUAUAUUUUGUGUGUGUACUGAUGUGUGAUGUGUAUUAAUAUGUGUGUAUACGUUGUAUAGUUAUAAUCCAGAGCAUAGUAGAUGGUGACUGUGAAAACUACAGUCAUGUAUAUCCUCUUACUGUAGCCAGGCAGACAUGGAAGUUUACCCUUUAUAUACAGUAUAAGGUUCACUAAAAUACAAUAAUCUGUCAAAACACCUCCUAAUGUGUGUUUUCUAUACGGUGUGAGGGAUGAAUCAUUUGUAUAUUAAAUGCCUCUCUCCUCUUCUCUUUGUAGUUUGGAAAUGAGGCCCAGCAACUGGAGUGGGCGAAGCGAGAG